GCGGCCGCCUCGUGGUGCCUAGGCUGGGGCGGGCGUCCGUGACGCUCAGUCGCGCCGAGCCGGGCCGGGAGCGCGAGCGGCGGCGGCGGCAGGAUGAACAGCAUCAAGAGCGUGCCGGCGCGGGUGCUGAGCCGCAGGCCGGGCCAUAGCCUGGAGGCCGAGCGCGAGCAGUUCGACAAGACCCAGGCCAUCAGCAUCAGCAAAGCCAUCAACACCCAGGAGGCCCCCGUGAAGGAGAAGCAUGCCCGCCGCAUCAUUCUGGGCACUCACCAUGAGAAGGGGGCCUUCACCUUCUGGUCCUACGCCAUUGGUCUGCCGCUCCCCAGUAGCGCCAUCCUCAGCUGGAAGUUCUGCCACGUCCUCCACAAGGUGCUCCGAGACGGACACCCGAAUGUGCUGCAGGACUGCCAGCGCCACCGGAGCAACAUUCGGGAGAUUGGCGACCUGUGGGGACAUUUGCACGACCGCUACGGGCAGCUGGUGAAUGUUUACACCAAACUCCUGCUGACCAAAAUCGCCUUCCACCUGAAGCACCCCCAGUUUCCCGCAGGCCUGGAGGUGACAGACGAGGUGCUGGAGAAGACCGCAGGGACUGACGUCAACAACAUCUUCCAGCUCACCGUGGAAAUGUUCGACUACAUGGACUGCGAGCUGCGGCUUUCUGAAUCAGUGUUCCGGCAGCUCAACACGGCCAUUGCUGUGUCCCAGAUGUCCUCGGGCCAGUGCCGCCUGGCGCCCCUCAUCCAGGUCAUCCAGGACUGCAGCCACCUCUACCACUACACCGUGAAGCUCAUGUUCAAGCUGCACGCCUGUCUCCCGGCUGACACCCUGCAAGGCCACAGGGACCGGUUCCAUGAGCAGUUUCACAGCCUCAGAAACUUCUUCCGCAGAGCCUCGGACAUGCUCUACUUCAAGCGGCUCAUCCAGAUCCCGCGGCUGCCCGAGGGACCACCCAACUUCCUGCGGGCCUCGGCCCUGGCUGAGCACAUCAAGCCGGUGGUGGUGAUCCCUGAGGAGGCCCCCGAGGACGAGGAGCCAGAGAAUCUCAUCGAGAUCAGCACGGGCCCCCCGGCUGGGGAGCCUGCGGUGGUGGCUGACCUCUUCGACCAGACGUUUGGACCCCCCAAUGGCUCCUUGAAGGACGAUCGGGACGUGCAGAUCGAGAGCCUGAAGAGGGAGGUGGAGAUGCUGAGAGGGGAGCUGGAAAAGAUCAAACUGGAGGCCCAGCGCUACGUCUCGCAGCUGAAGGGCCAGGUGAACGCGCUGGAGGCCGAGCUGGAGGAGCAGCGGAAGCAGAAGCAGAAGGCGCUGGUGGACAAUGAGCAGCUCCGCCACGAGCUGGCCCAGCUGCGGGCCGCCCAGCGGGAAGGCGAGCGCAACCAGGGCCUGCGCGAGGAGGCCGAGAAGAAGGCCAGCGCCAUCGAGGCGCGCUACCACAAGCUCAAGGAGAAGCACAGCGAGCUCAUCGGCACGCACGCCGAGCUGCUCAGGAAGAACGCGGACACGGCCAAGCAGCUGACGGUGACGCAGCAGAGCCAGGAGGAGGUGGCGCGGGUGAAGGAGCAGCUGGCUUUCCAGAUGGAGCAAGUGAAACGGGAGUCAGAGAUGAAGCUGGAGGAGCAGAGUGACCUGCUGGAGAAGCUGAAGGAGGAGCUGGAGGCCAAGGCCGGAGAGCUGGUGCGCGCACAGGAGGCGCUGACCCGCACGGAGCAGAGCGGGUCGGAGCUGAGCUCGAGGCUGGACGCGCUGAGCGCGGAGAAGGCGGCGCUGAGCAGCGCGAUGCGGCAGCGGGACGCGGACCUGCAGGCAGCCCAGGGCCUGGCACGCGAGAAGGAGGCGGCGCUGAGCCGGGAGCAGCAGCGCAGCGCGCAGGAGACGGCUCAGCUGCGGGGACAACUGGCGGACAAGGAAAGUCAGGAGCAGGAGCUGCAGCGGAGGCUCCUGGACGAGCAGUUCGCGGUGCUGCGGGGCACUGCGGCUGAGGCCGAGCGAAUCCUUCAGGACGCCGUGGCCAAGCUGGACGACCCUCUGCACCUGCGCUGCACCAGCUCACCAGACUACCUGGUGAGCAGGGCCCAGGCCGCCCUGGAUGCCGUGAGCGCCCUAGAGAAGGGCCAUGCCCAGUACCUGGUCUCCAGGUCAGACGCCUCUGCGCUGGUUGCAGCCCUGACCCAGUUCUCCUACCUGGCUGCGGACACCAUCGUCAACGGCAGUGCCACCUCCCACCUGGCCCCUACUGACCCUGCAGACCGCCUGGUGGACACGUGCAGGGAGUGCGGGGCCCGUGCUCUGGAGCUCCUGGGGCAGCUGCAGGAGCAGCAGACUCUGCACCAGGCCCAGCCGAGCCUGGUGCGACGCCCCCUGCAGGGCAUCCUGCAGCUGGGCCAGGAGCUGAAGCCCAAGAGCCUGGAUGUGCGUCAGGAGGAGCUUGGGGCCAUGGUGGACAAGGAGAUGGCAGCCACGGCCACAGCCAUCGAAGAUGCUGUGCGGAGGAUUGAGGACAUGAUGAACCAGGCCCGCCACGCCAGCUCCGGGGUGAAGCUGGAGGUGAAUGAAAGGAUCCUCAAUUCCUGCACAGACCUGAUGAAGGCCAUCCGGCUCUUGGUGACCACAUCCACCAGCCUGCAGAAGGAAAUUGUGGAGAGCGGCCGGGGGGCAGCCACGCAGCAGGAGUUUUAUGCCAAGAACUCUAGGUGGACCGAAGGCCUCAUCUCCGCCUCCAAGGCCGUGGGCUGGGGAGCCACACAGCUGGUGGAGUCGGCGGACAGGGUGGUGCUUCACACGGGCAAGUACGAAGAGCUCAUCGUCUGCUCCCACGAGAUCGCGGCCAGCACGGCCCAGCUCGUGGCAGCUUCCAAGGUGAAGGCAGACAAGCACAGCCCCCACCUGAGCCGCCUCCAGGAGUGCUCCCGCGCCGUCAACGAGAUGGCCGCCAACGUGGUGGCCUCCAGCAAGUCCGGCCAGGAGCAGAUCGAAGAGAGAGACACCAUGGACUUCUCUGGCCUGUCCCUCAUCAAGCUUAAGAAGCAGGAGAUGGAGACCCAGGUCCGCGUCCUGGAGCUGGAGAAGACGCUGGAGGCCGAGCGCGUGCGGCUGGGGGAGCUGCGGAAGCAGCACUACGUGCUGGCUGGGGCCGUGGGGACGCCCAGCGACGAGGAUCCCGGCCGACCCAGUGCUGCCCCCCGCAGCGGGGCCUCCAAGAAGCCACCCCUGGCCCAGAAGCCCAGCGUGGCCCCCCGGCAGGACCACCAGCUCGACAAAAAGGACGGCGUCUACCCGACUCAGCUCGUAAACUACUAGGCUCCCGAAGGAUCCCAGUGGGGAGGCUAGCGGGCAGGCCUGGGCCUUGUGUGGCCACCCCGAAAUGGCUCAAGAGCCUCCAAGGGGUGCAGCCCCCUGCCCCAUGGCCAAGUUCAGUGUCCCUGAGGCCCCCAGCCCUGGCUGAACCCAAAGGAUCAGAGAUCUCGGCAGUUCUCCAGGACAUGAGUCUUUCUGCAGUGGGCACUCGUGGGACCAGCCAGAACCGAGCAGGCCUGAGUUAUGGGCCUUCAGGAAAUAUAUGGAACAUUUGUAAUUUCUGGAGUUAGAGCUUUCCUUCAUGAGUUUGGAUCACCCUGGGGAGCAGGGCCCCUGGAGAGGGUGUCUGGGCAGGACCUCUCCUGCCUUUUGAACUCAAGGUCUGAGGUUACUAAUGAAUAACAAGUCCCUGUUGGCUGCCGGGGACCUGGGCAAGAUGUCACCUAUCUAUAGCCUUCCUGGGGCACGGAGUCCUUGCAGAUGGGCCCAGGGUGGUCUUGGACAAAGCAGCCCUGGUUCGGGGUGCCUCCCUGCGAGGCAUCGGGGACAGAGCACAGAGUAUGGCCCGGGUGCCUCCCUGCGAGGCAUCGGGGACAGAGCACAGAGUAUGGCCCUUAUCGGGGGUGGCAGGCUGGGCAGUGGGGCCUGGCACAGGUGCUGUGCUGCUGUCACUCCCGGAAUCUCUUCUCCCAUCUGUGGUGACCGUUCUAUUCCUGGUUUUCACGCCCCUUCUUCUGCCCUAGAGGCCUUGUUUUGCGGGUUGCCCAUCGCCCACCCCCUCCUCACCUCUCCCCUCCUCUCAGUCUAGCCCGCCCUCCUGAAGGCCUCCCCGGCUCAGACAGCAAAAGUCUGGGAACUAGGACACCUGCGGGCCAUUCUCUAAGCCAGAGGCACCUUGCACCCCCAGGAAGCCUCCCCACGCCCCACCCCCCACUCCCAGCCGUCUAGUGGCAGUCCCACUUGGAGGAUUUGUAAGAACGUGUGUUCUUUGCGUCCCCACCCUGACUCCAGGGAAGUGCUGAGAGAAAAGGACCAGCACCGUGGGCCCCAGAAGCUUCCCUGUCCCCCCUGCCUCCCGGCGGUCCAAUCCCAGCCAUGUUCUGGAGGGGGGCACGAGGUCCAGCUUUUCUGCUUUGCCUUUAGUAUUUCCUUGUUGGAAGAGGCCGAUGGGCAAUAAAACACACGUGGACCGUUGCCACCGCCCUCCAGUGAGGGGCCGCGCCUGGGCUGUGCAUUUCUCCGGAGCCAGAACGUGUGACACGGGUUGGGAGACCACUUAGCUUCUGCAGGGGACAGAGUGCUUGGAACCACGGAAGAGCUGCUUCUGGUUCUGCCAAGAAGUGCCCUGGCCUGCGUCCUGGGAGGUUUGGGACUUGAGGUGCUGGACGGAUGCCGGUGUGGUGAGUCAUUGGCUCGGGGCUUCCCGCCCCGGCCUCCCUACUCCACCAGCCUGCUCUGAAACCAUGCGGUUUUGUGAAGGGGAGGAGUGACCACGGGGUCCCAGCAGUUAAGAAUGUCCCCCGGCUGGGGCAGUGGCGGUGACCCCGACUCCUCACUGGUCAGGCUUGACCGGCGCAACCACAUCCAGCCUUCCCUCCGAGAACCUACCCGGCCUCCGGGCUCCCAAGAGCACAGCUGGCUGUGCGGCCGCGCUUUCCCUGGGGACACCGACGGCUCCCGGCCUCGGUGCACUGCCCGCAGAGCGAGCGCCCCCUUGCCCCGCAGGCCCCAGCACUUGUGGAAGCGCCACCGUGCAGGCCAGAGAGACAAGAGCCCCACUCCCUGGGCCUGGCUUUCCCAUGGCGUGAAGUGGGGCCCUGCCUCGCUCCAGGCUGGUUGGGAGGUCGGGGUGGGGCUGUCGAAGUGCUCUGCAACUCCCUGAACAGACGAUGGGGCCAGAGCCUGGUUCUCAUUUGUAAGGGAAAAGUGCUUCACAACGUCAACGCAAGAGGCUCGGCUCCGCCACAUACACACCGUGCAGACAGCCCCGCGUGGCCUACACUCGCUCGAUCCGGAGAACUGCUAGCCUGACUCGAAGCAAACCUGCCCCUGGAAGCCAUGGGGCCAGACCUCAGCAUGCCCCGGCCCCCCCCCAACUUCCUCCCAAGCACAGGGGCCCGGAGUGGGGAGGCCAGGAUCAGACAAAGCUGGACUGGUGAGAAGCCACGGAGCGCGCCUAGCGAGUGCCCCCCACAGAAGGCUACAAAUCGAGCUCGAAGCUUCCUAAGCAGCCACCAGGGAAAGAACAACCGUCAGAUACAAAUUCUCAAAAGAGCAAACUGAUUCCACAGGCAGAGCCGCCUUUUUCCUCCCAGGACCACCCCAGCAGUGUCCCUCGCACGUCCUCCUGGAGCACGAAGGGGCAGAGGCUGGCAGCCCCCCUGGAGGCGGCGGCGGCAGGGAAGCUGAGCCUGGCGCUCCUGUUCCGGGGGACGCAGUGAGGAAAGUCCCUCCCAGGGGGGCGGGGGGGCACUGAGGGGCUGGUGGGGUGUAGCCCUGGAGGCAGGGCCCCUCUCCCAGCCUCAAGAGGGAAGCAGCACCUACCUCCAUCUGGGACCAUUGCAGGGGGCUCUGGGCUCCAGAACAAAAGGUCCCCCGUUCAAUUCUGUCAUUUGAAACAAGCAGUCAAGGGCCUGAGUCUCCCUGAGCAGUGCCGUCUGUGCUGGUGAUCCGCAGGACAGGGCCUGAGAGACUGAGCCCAGAGGCCCAGGGCAGAGUGGGGACCCUGUGGACCCACUCUCCCCCCUUUCUGCCCUUUACUCCGGGCAGGGGGGAUCGGGCAGCAGCACAAAACGCUCUACGAGCUCUAGGACCCCCAGUCCAGGCAGACACUUCGACACAAGUCCACCUCCCUCUCAGAACUGAUCACGGAGCGUCUAGAACCAAAUACAGGACAGGACCAUUGUUCAUUCUGUUUAUUACGAAGGGUCCUCCAGCUUUACAGCCCCGGCCCUGGCAGCGCCGUCCCCCACAUCCACACGGAGCUCACUUGGCAGGGCAGUAAGCCGGCCCCUGGGGCAUUUCAGUGACAGUACAGGGGUGUCCCUGCCCAGGGGAACUGAAGACAAAGCAUGGUGGCCUCACCCCCGGCCUGCUGGGACAGACCCUGUGGAGCUCUGCCGCCGUUCCACUACCUGGGCCGGUGAGACCCCAAAGGGCCAGGAAGAGCGCGGGGUGUGGCAGAGCGUGAGUCUGUUGGCACCAUCCGAUGAUCUGGGUGCAGUGGAGAGCUGCUGGGGUCCCUCUGUCCCCCUCCUGCCCGGAGGCCCCCGCUGAGGAAGAGACUGGCCACGAGGAUCCUGGUCCACGGUGGGACAGGCUGCUUCUGCCACAGCACCCCGACCAAGCCUCUCUGGGAACAAAGUCACUCGUGGGAGCUGCCCCUCCGCCCGCCCAGCUGGGGGCCUGCAGGGGAGCCGGGGCCGGCCCCUCACUGGCACCAGGGGGAAACUAAGGCACAGCACAGGCACCCACAGGUGACCAUACACUGCUUGUAAAAAAAGGAAAGGGCAUUCACUUCUGUACUUCACUCUGCUCAAAACAAUAUGUGCAUUUUUAUAAAGUUUCCCUGAAUGGUCUUGUGUCCAAAAAGUUUUCUUUGCCAAUAUAAAACAGGAAAAUUACAGACAUAGUAAAAAUA